GUGCAACUUGAACUUGGUCGCGGCACGGAUCCCGUGAAGGAAAGUCCUCCCCGCCGCCCGGAGUUGCACUCGCGAGCUGGACGGCCAGGCCUCCCCGACCCUUCCCCCUCAGUCCUGCAGCUGGGGGCAGAGCUCAGACUGUCUUCUGAAGAUUGAUGUCUAUUUCCUUGAUCUCUUUAAUUUUCUUGCCAAUUUGGAUAAACAUGGCUCAAAUCCAGCAGGGAGGUCCAGAUGAAAAAGAAAAGACCACAGCACUGAAAGAUUUGCUAUCUAGGAUAGAUUUGGAUGAACUAAUGAAAAAAGAUGAACCACCUCUUGAUUUUCCUGAUACCCUUGAAGGAUUUGAGUAUGCUUUUAAUGAAAGAGGGCAGUUAAGACACAUAAAAACUGGAGAGCCAUUUGUUUUUAACUACCGGGAAGACUUGCAUAGAUGGAACCAGAAAAGAUAUGAAGCUCUGGGAGAGAUCAUCACAAAAUAUGUUUAUGAUCUCCUGGAAAAGGAUUGUAAUUUGAAAAAAAUCUCAAUUCCAGUAGAUGCCACAGAAAGUGAACCAAAGAGUUUUAUCUUUAUGAGUGAGGAUGCUUUGACAAAUCCACAGAAACUGAUGGUUUUAAUUCAUGGUAGUGGUGUUGUGAGGGCAGGUCAGUGGGCUAGAAGGCUUAUUAUAAAUGAAGAUCUGGACAGUGGCACACAGAUACCUUUUAUUAAGAGAGCUGUGGAUGAAGGAUAUGGAGUAAUAGUACUAAAUCCCAAUGAAAACUACAUUGAAGUAGAAAAACCGAAGAUACAUGUACAAUCAUCUUCUGAUAGUUCAGAUGAACCAGCAGAAAAGCGGGAAAGAAAAGAUAAAGUGUCCAAAGAAACAAAGAAGCGACGUGAUUUCUAUGAAAAGUAUCGUAACCCCCAAAAAGAAAAAGAAAUGAUGCACUUGUAUAUCAGAGAAAAUGGUUCUCCUGAAGAACAUGCAAUCUAUGUUUGGGACCAUUUCAUAGCCCAGUCUGCAGCUGAGAAUGUAUUUUUUGUUGCUCACAGCUAUGGAGGACUUGCUUUUGUGGAACUGUGAAUCUCAAUUCCAGCUUGAAGCUAUUUUCUUUAAAGAUGAUCUCCUAAACCUAGACAUAAACUAAAAUAUACGGGUGUUUUCAGUAGGUUACCACUUGUCUUAGUUUUAGUGGGAUAUGCUUUGUUUUAUAUUUUUAAGGAAAUAAGAAAUCUUACUUGUUUCACUAUGAAACAUUGUCUAGAAUGCCUUGCCUGGUGAUGUUGAUUAUUAUUAUCAGUGCUAAUGUGAGUCGUAUAAAUGUGUCAAAUAUAAGUUGAUUUAAGAUCUAUGAAUCAAUUAUGAGUAGGAUUAUAUAUCCAUUAUGGGUAAUAUAUGUUUCAUAUCAUAACUUUUAUAGAAGUACUGCGUUAUUUGUUGACAAUACAAAACUAAAUUUAAAGAUUAAGUCUUCAAAUCAGUGAGAAAUUGAGCAAUAAAUGUUUUAUAGCUUAGUACUCUUUUCUUGGCUGGUUCUUAAAUCAACAUUUAUAUUGUCUGCCAAAGAACAUAUUUGCCUAUGCAGUUAAUUAUCAAGAAAAUGCCCAAUACCUCCAACUUAUUUACCCCACAUUUAGUGAGGAACUGGUAAGACAAGUGUAGGGUUCUGUCAGCAUGCAGGAAAAUCCUUUAAAUCAGAUUCCUAUGUCUUCAGGGCUCCUUUGACUUUAUAAGGAGGUUACUUUUGGCAACAAUUUAGAAAUGUGUCAUGAUUGAAUUUGAUUAUUGUAAUGUUAGUGAUUAACCACUGCAAUGACAAUUCACUUAAUGGUUUUAGAAAGCAUAGUUAGUAACACCUACUACAAAUCAGGAUUUUUUUGUGUGUGUAUUCUGUUUCAUUUUCAUUGAACAGAAUACUUUCUGUAUAUUGUUAAAAAAAUGGGAAUUGAAAUCAGCAGGAAAAUAUGACAUUGAUUGUUUCAUUCAGUAGUGUCACUGGCAUCAUUUGGUGUAUCAUAAACCUUAUUAUACUAUUUUAUUAUACUAUAAUCAUUGUAUGUUGUCAAAUCUGAUGCUAAGAUAUUAGAAAUCCUGUUUCUGUUCUUUACUUAAGAAACACUAGAAAUUCAUACAUCUGGUGAGUUAAAUGUGUACAUGAGCAAUAAUUGCAUGAAGUUGUUAGAAAAUGUCAUUUGUUGUUUCAAGGUGUCCUUUAAAUCCACAGCAUUAUGUAUAUGUAUAUACAUACAUAUGUAUACACACACAAGUUACUUGAAAUUACCCAGCCAGUGUCCAUAAGCAGAAUUACUAUUAAUGUAAAUAACAUGUUAGGGAGUGCAAGCUUAUAUUGAAAAAAAUAGAUUUCUGAGUGAUUACAGCU